GUGUACAACGAGAUUGAAGCACACGUAAUAGUCCUUUGACUAAGGUGACCGUCACCAAUCUGAGGAACAAUUGGUUGCAUUUCAGUGCCUUGAGACUUAAAGCGUCUUGUCGAGAGUUUAUUGAAUAUUUUCCCAAGAUAUCGCAUUAUAACCACUGCCAAACAAAACAAAAGCUUGGUACAAAAAAUUGAAGUGUGGCUUGGAUUUUUGAAAGUGUGGUUAUAAGAGAUUGAGAGGAGAGAACAGCUUUUGAAUUUUUGUAAAAAAAAGCAUUAUCCAUAUUGGAUUUUCAAACUCUCAAAUGGACUCCCACGGAAGAGAACUUCUCCAGAAGGUUAAGAAGGAUGUGAGGUCUGUGCUUAUCACAGAAUCAGGAGGCAUGCCCCUCGAAAAAUUUUUGAAGGUGUAUAGGGAGCUGACCAACACGUCGAUCCCGUACCGGCGGCUGGGCUACUUCUCGCCGGAGGAGCUGCUGCUCGACGCCACCGACGUGUGCCGCUGCGAGCGGCUGCCCGGCGGACAGCUGCACCUCCGGCCCGUCUGCGACUCGUCCACCCAACACGUGCUCAAAAUGGUGGAGCGCAGCCGGCGGCCCAAGACGAGCGGCGGUCGGCGGCGCGGCACGGCCGGGCCGCGGCCGGUCGGCCCGCCGCCCGAGUCGGAGUCGCCGUGGCGGCCGGCCGGCGGCUCUGUGCCCGUCGAGGCGCGCGAGUCGAUCCUCCGGCUGGUGGCCGAGCACCCACAGGGAAUAUACUUGGACGAAUUCAAUCAGAAACACCUGGCAAUGGUCGGGCACGCUAUCGCCUACAUCACCCUGGGCUUCUUCUCGCUGAAGGGCCUGAUGGAGUCGAUACCAGAGCUGGUCCGACUCAAGGAGACUCCCACCGGCGACAAGGUGUUCCCCAUCCCGGCGCCAGGCGCUGGCUCCUCAGCGACCCCGUCCACCGCAGCUGAAGCCCAGGACGCGUCGCCAGCCACUGCCUUCCUAUCCUUCGAGGAUUCUGUCCGCGGCUUCUCGGAGGAGCUGGUGAAGGUGAUUUCCGCACAGAGCGAGUGCGUCAAGGUGUCCGACGUCCCCAACCUGUACUACCGCGAGUUUGGCCGCGGCCUCGACUACCAGCAGCAGGGCUUCACCAGCCUGCUGGAGGCACUGGCCUCGCUCGGCGCGCCCUUCCACCUGGAGAAGCGCGACGACGACUGGCACGUCAGUGUGAGGAGGCCGGGCGGGCGGCGGGCCCGCGCGGCCAGCGGCGCCCAGGGGCCUGCAGCUGCCGGCGACACGGGCCGACUGCACUCGCCCAAAUCAGAUGCGGCUGGGGUCAUCCCGGCGGCGGCGGGCGGGGACGCCGCGCGCUCGCCCGUGCCGCCGGCGCGGUUCGCCAUUCAGCAGCUCGUCUGGCUGGAGGAGGGCCGCCAGGUGGCCACCGAGACCGGCUACCCGCUGCUGGAGGUGGUCGUCACGCACGCCCGCUCUCCGGGUGAGUUUUUCUUCCGUCUGGGCAGCAGCGGCGCAGAGCUGGUGCGCCUGGAGGCCGCCCUGGCCGCUGCGUACGGCGGACAGCACCGGGCGCCGGCCAUGCGGCACUGGACGGCCGGCCGGCCGCUGGCCGCCAGCACCCACGCCGGCUGGAGGCGCGCCGUCCUGCUCGGCCGCGCCGCCGAACAAGUGAAGGUGUAUCUAGUGGACACGGGCGCGCGGCUGCUGCUGUCGCUGGAAGCCGUCCGACCCCUGGACGACCAGUUCAUGAAACUGCCGGCGCUGGCGCACGAGGGGUCUCUGGCGCGGGUGGCGCCGCCCCACGGCAUCUGGUCGCGGCCGGCGCAGGCCGUCUUCGAUAAGCUGGUGCGCGGCGGCGUGCCUCUGAUGGCCACCGUCCUGCAGCAGUCCCAGUACGUCAGCGCGCUGCUGCUGUGCGACACCCGCGGUGAGACGGACGUCCACGUCGGCGACGAGCUGGUGUCGGCCGGCGCGGCGGUGGUUCAGCCGCAGCACGACUGGCCGCCGGCGACGCUGCGCACCCCCGACUCUCGACUGCUGAGCGACCUCUACGCGGCGCUGGGCGCGCCCGACGACCACCGCCGGCCGGCCGUCAACGGGGAGGUGCGGACGCCGCCCGAGGGCGCCGAGCUCCUGUCUCCGAUCAGCCGGCAGCUGCCGGAGGCGGAUCACUGCGACACCGGCCUGGUGGACCGGAUCAACGCGCUGAAAAUCCAGUGUUACGACGCCCACAAGCAGUUCGAGGGUGCGCCGGCGGGCCCUCGGCGGGCGGCGCUCAGAGCGCGCCACCUGCGUCUGGAGGCCGAGCUGCAGCGGCUGCAGGCAUCGCGAUAAGACCGCAGACCUCAGCUCGCGAUAAGUCCGCAGACCUCAGUGAGGCCCGCGAUAAGUCCCGCAGACCUCAGAGGCGCGCGAAAGUCCCACGGACCUCAGUGAGGCCCGCGAUAAGUCCCGCAGACCUCAGUGAGACCCGCGAUAUGUCCCGCAGACCUCAGUGAGACCCGCGAUAAGUCCCGCAGACCUCAGUGAGGCGCGCGGCGGGCGCGUUCGGCUGCCGCCGAGCGGCCCUCGAUUGUACCUGGCGCCGGGCAGCGGGACGCAGUCCCGGUCCCGGCAGCGUGCGCAGAUAAGUGUUGCUUUACAUGACUCCUCCGAGUACGUUAUUCGGAGCGGCUGUGACUGCUCUUCCAGAGUGUUAGGUAAAUGUAAUAAAUUAAUUCUCACA